AUGGGAAUGAGGCCAUGGGGGAGGGAGCUGGGUUUUGGGCGACAGUUUCCGUGGCAACAAACGGGAGGAUUUCGCUUCACGAAAGCCGUGGGGCGGAAUGUCCCCUGGAGGGGUGGGAAUGAGGGGAGUGGGUCUUCCCAUGGUGGCUUGAAGGAGGGGAGGUGCAAUUUAGCUUGUUGGUUACCUCAGAACAUUAUUUCAGAAGCAAAACUAGCCUGAGAACACAUUUGAAAGACGAGAAGAAGAAAAGCAGGGCAGCACACCUGAGAGACUUCUAUUUGGUGCAUCUAUAGGACCAUAAUUCCCUCUUAUUAAAAGCACCAGAAUAGUUUCAGCUUUCAAUAAUACACAGUUUGCACAUCCCUAACCAUAUUACUAGUAUUGUACUGGCCUUAGGUGAGCAUUAACCACUCCCAUCAUGAAAGGUUGCUAUGGAAGAGAAGCCCUCAGGCAGAUAGGGAAGAUUCCUGGAAUGUUGUGCGUGUUUGGCAGCUAACAAAUCAUUUAUUUAUAUGCGUUAAUGGAUGCAUAAUAUAUCUGUUAUUAAUUAUGUGUGUGUGUUGCAAUUUCAUAUAUAAGAAAAAAACAUAGUGUCUGUAGCAAUACAAAAACACAGAUCAGAGAAACACCUAGUGAAAGAUCGCAUCAAAACUCAAGGGAAUCCUGGAAUCUUUUUGGAAAAGUAAAACUAGUGUCUGAACACAAACAGGGAAGUGGGGUGGGGUGUCUGAAACCAACUUUUGAAAGGUGGGAGCUAUUAUGGGUUAUAUAUAAUUCACAUAGUGAGGGGAUCCAGAUAAGAGCUUCUAAGGAAUAGGUUUAUGUGAGAAAAAGCAGUCCUACUCAUAUCCAGUUAGGGCUUUAAGAAGUUUAAUGCCAGCACUUUGAACUGGGCUCAGAAACCAGCUGAGAGCCAAUGAAGUAUUAAAAUUGGCAUAAUAUGACCCCUGCAACCUGCCCCAUUCAACCACCUAGCAGCUGCAUUUUGAACCAGUUGUAGUUUCCAAGUUCAUUUUGAAGGCAGCUCACAUAAAGUGCUUAGAUUAGCACUGUCCCAAUAUAUCAGGUCAAGCAAUGUGGGCAGAACAGGCUGGUAUGAAAUAACAGAAAAACAUGGUAUUCCGGGAAAUGUUUUCAUAUCAAUAAGGAAAUGCUGGCAGACCGUGCAAUACAUGUUCAUCACUGUUCACGAGUACCAUUAAAGCACAAAACUGCCAUAGAUUUUAAUAUUUUGAUAGGCACUUUAUUAAAUAGAACCUCAGAUUAGUUAGUACAAGACAGAAAGGGGCAGACAUCCACUGGAAGGAGAUUUUGCAAAUUGGCAAUCCCCUUACAUUCCACCUUUUCUUUUCUUGACUGAUUCCAUUAAAUCUCUUAUUUCAACUCUGGCUGCAAAUGGUGUUGCAAAUUAAGGGCCCCUCAAGACGUGCCUUUUUAUGGUGCAUUCAUGAUGAUUUAUGCUCAUGAUAGGGCAGCCAUACCCGAUCCCACUUGCAAUACUAUUUGUGCAUGCAAUAGUUUCAAGGUGGACACACAUGGCUUUAUUUCCAAUAGGUGUGUGUCCAAAACUUCCUGCUGAAAUCCUGUAACUUUUUAUAGCACACAUGUUCCGGUGUGUGGGUGUAUCUAUAGGGCAAGCGUGCCGCUCCAGAAAGCAAUAAUAGAACAACAGGGAAGCAUCACAGAAGAACUAAUAAAAUGGAACAAUGUGUGGACGAUCCAGUAUAAAUCCACCACUAACGCACUGUUACUGUGCCUGUUAAAUGUUGCAGAAUGUACCUGUAAAAAAAAACCACCAGUCAGGAGGGACCCUAAAUGAUUUAAAAGGGGAAAAAAUGGACAGGGUUAUGGAAUGAAUUUGCUAUUGUUGCAAGUCAGGAAAAAUGAUCUCUGAAUUUUGAAAAGUGGUCACCAUGGGUUACAGCAGCAAUUCCAAUUUUGCAAAGAUAUUUAAUUCUACAUCAGUCAAAUGAUAAAAGAAAUCUCCCCUGGGACUUACCCUGGCUUUGAAUACACAGUGCUCAAGUGUGGCCACCUUUUCAAACAAGAUAUCAGUAAAAUGCAUUGAGGUUUAAAAGGCCAAUAAAGGCUCAGCUGAAUGUCUUUCUAUACCAAAUUAAAGGUAAAGGGACCCCUGACCAUUAGGUCCAGUCGUGGCCGACUCUGGGGUUCUAUACUAAAUUGGUGGGCCCCAAAAGAGAAAAUCAAGAUACAGAAGAACACCUCAGAGCCUGAGGCUGGACUAUUCCCUCCCCCACCACAGGGCCUUUCUAUCACCAUUAGGAAAGUGCAUCAUACAUUCUUUUCCCUGUGGUUUAAUUUCAAAUCAUGCAGACAAACAUGGGUCACCCGGCUUCAUAUAUUUGUGGGGCAGGUACAGGUGGGUUUGGGACAAAAGGUGCCUGCAAAGUUGCUUGUUAUCCCUGUGCACAGUACUAUCCACAUGCCAACAAUCAGCAGAUGGUCUCUGCUUGGAAAGUGUUGCACAAGGCCCUUUGCCGUUCCCACCUUUACCUGCCCCAUACCUGAUGUCAUAUAGAAAGUCAAGUGUAGGACUGGUGGGCAUGAUUGGGCCGAAAUAGCCUCAUGGAUCAAGUGGGGAGGCCUAAUUAGGCCCAUGGAGUGGAAGAUCUCUCCCUUGUGUUAGGGUGUGCUCAGGUGGGGAGCAAACAGAAGUAGGGGUGCAAUGUCUGAACUCAGUCACUGAACAUCAUCACACUUGUGUCAUUGAAUGAUGCACUUAAUGAGGUUCCACACCAGUAGUGACUGUAUAAGGGGUUAUGUUAACAUAUUGGAUCUACUAUGGUAAGGAAUAAUCUAGAUUAAAUGUAAAAAGAAAAAGUAUGGGCUGGCAUUUUAAUAUUAUUGUGUGGAUGCUGCAAAAAACAAAUGUAUGAGCAGCGCUGAUUCCACAAUACACUGAAAGUGCCCUUAAAUUAUUUCACUGUCAUUUGUGGAUUGCGUUACUGCCCUCCAUUAUAAAGUUCUAUUUUAUUAAUUGUAUUUUAAUAUCAUAAUUUAUUAUGUGCUGUUUUACGUUGUUGUGAGCUGCCUUGGGGGCCUUUCUGAAAGAUUUUUUUAAAAAAAUAAGUAAGAUGGAAGUUAUGGCUGCUGAUAGAAAUCCAUUCCAGUACAAAUGGAUUUUGAAUGGCUAUUCCUACCUGGCUGGGAGUAAAGUCAUUGUUUUGAUGGAUGGCCUUAUGUUAAAUUGGAAGCUCUUACAUUAGCACACAAGGUUCCCAAAAUUACAUGCACAUUUAGAAAGGGUAAGGUGCAGCAUGCUGCAGUUUUAGACACGUGGGAGUAAGCCCCAUUCAACUCAGUGGGACUAUCUUAUUAGUAGAUACAAUAUUGCAUUUUGGACUAGCAAAAUGUGAAGUAGCAAGUCUUCCUCGCAACUUUUGCAUGAAAUAGAGAUAGGGUUUAUGGGUCAAAUUCAUUUCUGCCUAUCCAGAAGUAAAUUUAAUUACGUUCAAAGGGACUUGCUCCCAGGUGAGUGUGUGUUGGAUUGCAGCCUGAGUAGACCAGUAUAGGACUAUGCUAUAACAGAUUUAUUAUGUCAUGAGAUCUCAUGGACUAGAGAAGUCCGUUUAAUCAGAAGCAUGAAGUGUUAUUUUAGACAUGGCCAAAGGAGUAGGGAAUAAACAAUGAAGACAACUGGCAACGAAGUGGGAAAAAUGCAGUCUGUAAAUUCUGUGCAAACUUUAAGAUCUGCAAUACACACUGCACUUUUUGUUGGUUCUUUUAAUCCCUUUAUGGGCAAUUCAUUUGUAAUAGUGCAAUUCUAUAUCUACUCAGAAGUAGAUAUUUCAGAUAUUUCCUUCAUUUCAGUGGGGCCUAUUCCUGCCAACUAUUCUGACAGUAAGCAAAAUAUUGAGAUUUGGUGAUUCUGCUCUUUUAUUAUUUGGAAGCUUUAAGUCUCUCUCAGACCUCCGUUUGCUCAGAAGUUUCCUAUUGAGUUUCCUUUUUCAAAUCACUUCAGACUUACCUUCACUUUUUGUACUUCCCAUUACUUUCAUUCAUUUCACACAUUACUGAAUGAUAAUUACAAGAUCCAAUCAGUGUACAACAACAAUGCAAAAGAGAUAAACUAGAUCCAGAAGUCAUUAUCCAAAGUUAAACAUUUGUAUGUCCCAUUGAUGUCAGUGGGAGAUAUCUGAACCCUGAACUUAACUAUUUACUCAGCAGCAAGUUCUACUGAAUUCAGUUUGGAGGCUAUUGCCAAGAAAUUGUGACUAGAAUUGCAGCUUUAACCACAUGCUUAAUUUCCCCACUGAAAUCAGUGGUACUUGAAAGCAUUUGGCUGAAUCAUGUCCCGAAACUAUAACAGAAUCCCAAAUUAAUUAGGCAAAGCUGCUCUUUGUACUUAUAAAAAUUGUAGGUGGCUGGCACAGUGUUAAAAGAGACAUUAUCCGUUUAUUCUCUUCUGAAGUGGCACCUGGUAAAUAGUACAGAUAACAGAAAUGUACAGAGAAGCAUUUUUCUUUAUAUCUAUAAAUGAAGUAGUUUUCAGGCCAAACAUGACAUAAUAAAUCAGUCUCAGGGGCCUCCAGUUUCUGUUGGGAACAUAGCGCAAAGGAAGAGUCAGUUUGACCCUUUCCUCUCCUUCCCCAUUACCUAACCUGCUAUUAGCCUUGGAAGGGAAAACUCCAUCAGAGCUAAUGGAGCCUUCCCUUCUGGAGUUAACAGCAGGCACAGGGAUUAUUUUUGUCAGGAAGAAAGGGUUAAACCAUUCCCUCAUCAGGCGAAAUAUUCCCUACACCUCCUUUUUUAAAAACCUAUUGAUGGGAUGAUUCCUAAUGACACACUUGGCAUCACAUCUAGUUUUCCUCUUACAAAGAUAAUUAAAAGGUGGAGCUGGUUAGGGCUCAUCUCAUACCCAGCAUAAUUCUUGGGCAUCUCCACAUGCUGCAGGAUUACAACUCUCAUCAUCCUUGAUCAUGUUGGGUGGUGUUGAUGGGAAUUGGAGUUGUGUUUUAAUGCUGUAAUCUACCCUAGGACCUUAGGGUAAAGGCCAGGCAGGCAGGCAAUCAAUCAAUCAAUCAAUGCAAUGCCUAUUAUUAUUAUUAUUAUGCCACCCUGAGCAGCUUCCAAAAAAUUAAAACAUCAAACACAGUAAAACAUCAAACAUUAAAAACUUCCUAAUACAGGGCUGCCUUCAGAUGUCUUCUAAAAGUCAGAGAGUUACUUAUCUCCUUGACAUCUGACAGGAGGACGUUUCACAGGGUGGGUGUGACUACCAAUAAGGCCCUCUGCCUGGUUCCCUGUAACCUCACUUCUUGUAGGAAAGGAACCGCCAGAAGACCCUUGGAGCUGGACUUCAGUGUCCAGGCAGAAUGAUGGGGAUGUAGACGCUCCUUCAGGUACAUUACUACUACUACAACUUGCAUAUUGCCCUUCAUAUAGGGCCAAAGCUAUUUAGGGCUUUAAAGUUCAGCACCAACACUUUGAAUUAUGCUCAGAAAUGUACUGGGAUCCAAUGUAGAUCUUUUAGGACCAGUGUUAUACGGUCCUGUUGGCCGCUCCCAGUCACCAAUCUAGCAGCCACAUUCUGGAUUAGCUGUACUUUCUGCAUCGCCUUCAAAGGUAGCCCCACUGUAGAGUGAAUUGAAUUGCAGUAUUCCAAGCAGGAGCUAACCAGAGCAUGUUUCACUCUGGUGAGACAGUGUGCAGGCAGGUAGGGGACCACAGGUCUCACCUCUGACCUGGAGGAAGGUAUAUGGUGGGAUUCCAAAAAGCAGGAUUCCAAAAAGCACAACACAGCGCCAUCAUGGGGUCUCUAGCCUGCAGCUCCCAGAAACCAGAGAUGGGGAAUCUGACAGAAAGAGGGUGGAUUUGUACGCGAGCAAGCAAGAUAAUGUUUUUUAUCCAUUAAGAUUACACUUAAUAGGUUUCUCUCCGUCUUAUUAUAUGUUUAAAUGUCAAGUAAUCUGAGGCCAAAAUACCAUUUUCCCUUGCAUUUCCCCCCAUGUUCCUCCAAUGUACCAAUGUCCUUAAUAAUGCCCUGUAGUUAUUUGCUGAGCUUUCUGUCUAAGAUGCAUAUGUAUGCAUCUUGUAUUUAGAUUAGGAUAAAAUUAUCGCCACAAUAUUCACUACCUUUCAAAUAUGCAAAUCAGCGCUGUGUAUUCAAUUUUAAUGUAUGAGUAGAAACUGAACUGGUUAGUUCAGCUGGGUCAGACCUUUAGCAGGCUUGAAGCGGAAUGAAAUUACAACAACUUUAGUCACGGCUGAAUCCAAAACAAAACUGAGUCAAACACAUCUAAUGCAUUAAUUUCCUGAAAUUUUGUCUCAACUAAACACGUGCACACACACAUACACACUUCAAAGAAAGAGACAGAGAAAAAAUUAUCCAAAUAUUUUUGCUAGUUUUAAUUAAUGUUUUUUUUUUCACCUUCCCUUUUUUUCUGCUUUGUAUUAUGAUAAAAAGUUCACAAGAGGAGGUUUUUGUAUUUUCGUUUGUAAUGUCCAUCCUUUCUUCUCUCUUCCUCAGCCUCCUUCCCCUUUACACCUGUGUCCAUGGGGCAACCAGGUGGAAGUCAGAUGUGCAGGAAUAUCACCUGUUUGGUGAGCUUCUUUUCUGCCACGUCCUAGAGGUCAAAGGCAGUGACUCUGUUCCUCGACAUUUGCAAAACUGAAUUUGGGUACCUUGGACUGCUGCCUCUGUGGGCCGGUCCUCAGGAUGCUAUUUACCUAUGCAGAUUUCAAAUGCGAUGCAUGGAGGCGAACGAAUCGCGUGGGUGGAUCAAAUCUGGGCUCGUGACACUGUCAACACAUGCAUUAAGGCUGUCAGUUCUGACAGCUGAAAGAGAACGGGAGACAUUUGCCUUGGCUGUAACUUAGAAUCAUAGGAUUUUUUUUUUAGAGUUGGAAAGGACCCUGAGGAUCAUCUAGUCCAACCCCAAGCAAUACGGGAAUAUGCAGCUGUCUCAUACGGGGAUCGAACCUGCAAUCUUAGUGUUAUCAGCACCACGCUCUUUAACCAACUGAGCUAUGCGUGAACUUGCCUCUAUGUUUCCCGUUGAUCUGAAAUACUGCACACACCUGCUUUGAAACGCAUUGCCUUCCACACAAUGCCGUAUGCACUCACGGCGUUCACACGUCCCAAGCAAGCAAGCAGCAGAGAGGCUCAAGAGUACCUUAAAAUGAUUUACACGUGCGCUGGCUGGAACCCGCAAAACCAGCUACAGGUUUAUUGCUUUGCAGACCCGCUCAGCUGCCGUUCUGUGAUGGUAGAGCGACCUCUACUGUUCACACGGGCGCGUUGCAGCUUCGGCGACUACUGGCAAGACCGGGGCAUUCUCUCUUCAUUCAUAUGAAUGAAGUUGAAGCUGGACUGCAAGCAACCAUUUCCUUGGCAUCCAAAGAAUUUAUGUGGAUGCAUUUAUUUUUGAAUGUUCAUUCGCCUGCAUUGCAAGCCCCUCUGAAUGAUGCACUUUCUCUGGUUGCAAUCCCAACAAACGACAGCCAUGCGGGGAGGGGGGGAUAUCUGCAAGCCCCUGGCUAUUGCACUACAAGGCAAAGACCCACCACCGUGCAGCGGACUUCGCCCCAGAUCCGGCUAUGUAACUCCUUUCUCGAGGGUGGGGCUUUGAGGCUUUGGAGGGGGCGGGGUUUCUGACAUCACAUCCUGCUUGGGCCUUGUUGUGGGUUUUCUUUGAAAAGGGAAAAUAUCCUUUUGCUUGCAAAGGGGGAUGCUAGCAGUAUUUGUCUUUUCCUAAAAGAAGGUGGGGGGAAAGAGGGGUGCAAACUCGGGCGGCCUUGCUGGUGGCCCCGCGGGUGGCUUGCUUGGUGGCGGGGGUGGAGGAUUUGGAACAAAGAAGCUUGUCUUCCCCCCCCCCCAACACACCAGCCUAUUUGCAACAAAGAAUAUCUAGUGGGGGGGAGGCAGGCAAGGGAGGAAGGAAGGAAGGGGGGAAAAAGGGAUGCAACAUUAAUCUUCCCCUUUAGGACUCGUGGCUGGAAUAAAUUCCGGGAGAGCAAGAAGCAGGAGACGACAGCAACAAAGGAGCUGGCCAGAGAUGUGAGCAGUCCCCUUGAGUCUUCCGUGGGGCUGGGAAGGAUGGAGAGGGAGGGAGGCAGGGCGGGCGAGAGUUGUCCUGACAGCUUGGGAAAGGAGAUGGGGAGUUAGCUCACAAAGCUCAGCGCCCAGAACCUUCCCCACCACCACCACCACCACUCCGGAUUUUCGGCCUGGGGCAUCUUGGAGAUGGAUACAGGAUCCGGAAUUGGGAAAGGAAGGUGUUUUUGGAGAGAGAAGUUGGUCCUUCCCGUAGGCCUGCUCUGCCUCCCUCUCUCUGUUUAGACUACAGGGGCAAGCAGGUGUUAUUGAUGAUGCUAUGCACUGCAUUAAGUGGAUUUUGAUGGAAUUGCAUUAAUUGUACCGUGCUAUGCAAAUAGUACUUUUUGCAGUUGUUGGUUCCUGGUGUGAAAUAACAGUAAUGUGAUGUAUUGUUGUAUUCUGUAUUGCUAAACGUGUUAAGGGGGGGGUUGCAUUUGUUUGCAGCUGACAGAGUUGUGGUUGGAAUUAAGAGUGGAGGAGUUUGUGCAAGGGUUUUCGGGUGGGGAGGGGGAUAGUACUGGGCUACGUGAGCUCCACGGAGUUGCAUCCGUACUGGGAUAGGAGUUGAGUAUUUGUAGAGUAAGCAGAAGGUCUAGGACCUGAGCACUGCAUUUGGAGGUGAUGCAACUGCGAAGAGAUGAUGGAUUGGUGUGCAGCAGCCUGGGCAGGUUUUUCUCUGCUGUCCUUACAUGCACUGUUUGUUCAUUCUGCUAUUUAAAUAGUGGGAUUCCUCACAGCUAGUGGCAGGGUGGCUCGGUGUAAAGGGUGACCCUAGAGCCCUGUGCUUCUAGUGCAGGGGUAACAAACAUGAUGUUUUGGACUACAACUCCCAUCGUCCAGCUGGCUGGGUUGAUGGGAGUUGUAGUCUGUAACAUCUGGAGGGUACCACACUUGCUUCCUCACCUUUAUUCUAAAGAUGAGGGGAUUUUGGGCAAGUGCGUCUAGCUGUGCAGUGAUGAGAAGAGUGCCUAUAUACCCGCUAAGGUUCUCUCUCUUCAUGGUUGUUAAAAAGUGCAGGAGCCCUGUUGUCCCUUGCAAUUGGUUACCCCAAUACUUAUUUACACACAGAGAGGUUGUGAGUGAGUAGUUGCAGUUUAUGUGUAUGAAGGAGAAUAAAGAUUGAGUGGCUUAGUGUGAAGGUAAUUUCUCAAUACCUUUGGAGACCUAUCAGGAGAGUAAAUAGCAGUGAUGGGGUAUGUUGUCUAGUACAAAUGAGGGCAGGCACAUGUUCUUUACAAUUCCUUAUAUUAAUGGGGAAGGACUUGGGACUUGCAUUAUAGAACAACUUUAAAAAUAUACACAAACUCUUAACUAAUAUCUAAAAGUCAUACAAUGCCCUUUUAAAAUGUGUUGGGGCGGGUUAUUGGGUUGCUUUUGUUUUUAUUUUGACUAUGUGUUUUGUGUUUUUACAUUGUGAUUUUAUUUGGUGAACCUCCCUGAGACCUGCAGGUAUAGGGCGGUGUAUAAAUUUAAUUUAAUAAUAAUAAUAUAGGACUGCAUGCAAAGGGGGAGACUGGCCUUCAUAUAGAUUCAUAUUCCUCUUUUGUUUCCAAAUGAACAGCCCACCCUGCAUUUGAAGGAAUUAUGUUCCGGUUCAUGAGAGAUGGAGAGCCAGAGGACCCGAUGUUUGUGAUGUGAGUACUCCAGUUUUGCCUCCUGGAGGGAAGCAGUGGACAGAGGGGAGGGAUAGGUUUGGUGUGAACUGCUUCAAUACCUAACUCCCUUGUGUAUCAUCUCCUCUUCCUUCAGGGACCCUCUUGCCAUCCACCACCAGCAUGUGAACCGUGUGCUCUCAGGUGGCUUUGGUUAUAGCCCCUUCCUCAGCAUUGGCAACGGGACUGUCCCUGCAACACGCCAGACUAGCCGAAGAAUGCAGGUAAUGGAAAUCUGGAGACUUUGACUGGGUCUGUUUUUUCCCCUUUUGUACAAAUGCAAGUAAAGAAAAAGAGCCAUAUCCCUCUGCCAUUUUUCUUCCUAAAUAAUAAUCAGCAUUUUGAACAUAGGAAACUAUACCGAGUCAAGUUGUUGGUCUAACUAGCCUGAUUUGGCUACUCUGACUAGAAGUGGCUUUCCCAAAAUUUCAGGGAGAGAUAAUUUCCCUCACUUCUCUGCCUCUCAACCUGAGACUAGCAGAGAUUUUCUGAAAAACAUGUUGUGCCACUGAGCUUCAGCCUUGAUUUUUUCCUCGCAGCUGUAGUACACAGGGUUGAUGUUUCACCUUGCUUCCUAUUAUGACCCCAGGACAAGUCUUGUAAGUCAUAGCCUUAUGAAGUUCAUCAGUAUGUCAGGUUCAGGCCCAAAGGAGUGGUUGGGUACAGGGAUACCAAAGAAAGAUGUCAAAAACAUCAGAACGACCAGUUCUAGUGCUUUAUUAAAGAAAGGUGUUACAGCAAAUUAGCCUGCCAGGUCUCCCAGCCUUUAUAGACACGGGACCAACAUGGCAGCAAGGAGAUGGCUUGUCUACGCCCAAGAAACAUUCAUGCCUUCUUUAUUCGCAAAGCAACAUUCACCACUUGGGCCAGGACUUCCCUUCAGAUGAGGGCAUAGGUGGCAAAUACCCAAAUCUUACAGAUAAUUCCCCUUUCUGGGCUCAGAGCCCAGCACUCCAAGCCCACAGAUCAGGAUAAUGUCAAAACAAGCCAAUUGCCGUAUUUUUCGCUCUAGAAGACGCACCAGACCACAAGACGCACCUAGUUUUUGGAGGAGGAAAACAAGAAAAAAUAUAUUCUGAAUCUCAGAAGCCAGAACAGCAAGAGGGAUCGCUGUGCAGUGAAAGCAGCGAUCCCUCUUGCUGUUCUGGCUUCUGGGAUAGCUGCGCAGCCUGCAUUCGCUCCAUAAGACGCACACACAUUUCCCCUUACUUUUUAGGAGGGAAAAAGUGAGUCUUCUAGAGCAAAAAAUACAGUAGCUUAUAGCAACAACAUAUAUGAGCUCAUUGCUGCAACAACUACCAAUUAAUUGUGGGGUUAUCUUGACUACCAAGAUGGCAUUUGCAGAGCUUUCGGAACAGUUCACCUUGGGUUCAACACAAGAGAGAUCCUAUUGAACACAUCACAAAUUUGUUUGGGCUUUCAGUAUCCUUAGUAAGUUGGUUAACCUGGUUAAUUUAUUGUCUCCAUGGGUGAACUGCUGAGAAAAAUAAAUAGCAGAACCAGAACAGAGUAGCUGAGGGUGGGCAAACAGUUCUUUUCCUCCUGCUUUCUGUUCUUCAUUCAGUUGCCAGUUUAUAAGAAACCAGGCAGUUUUACCACAUGACUGAUAAGGAGAUUUAGGAGUAUUUAGUGUGGGGGUGAGGAAACAAAGGCCCUCCAGAUGUUAUUGGACACUAACUUCCAUCAGCCCUGCCUGCAGGGCCAGUGUUCAGGCAUGAUUCCCCAGCCCUGCUAGUGAGAUAUUUUUCAAAAGCAUUUUGCAAGUCCAUCGGGUUUCCUCUUUAAAAUGCCAAAGAAUUUUUAAAGUGAAAAAUGUUCAUUUUCAAAUAUUUUUUGUUGAAACAAGACUGGACAUUUUCUUGGUCUUCCUUUCGCUCACCCACUUACUCCUUUUAUUUUAAUAGUCCUACGUUCUCUUCCUGGUUCGCUGCUGGAUUAGGGUUUUUGUGUAGGGUUUGUUUGUUUGUUUGUUUAAAUCUUCAUUUGGGCAUUGCUUCCAGUUCUUAAAUGAAGCGUCCUUGCCUUUUAUAAUUAUAAUAUUUAUUUUUUUACUUAUUACUAACCUUUCUAAUCUGUAGGAUGUGUUUUAUUUGGCUUUCUAUUAUAUGACAUUAUAUAACCUGCAAGCUUCUUAAAGAGAUUUGACCUUGCUUUUAAAUUUCUUUUUAAAUGCUUGUUCCACUUUUGAGAGAUUCUCUAUUUUGAAAUUAAAUUACUCGGAUGAUAGACUUGAGGAGCUGAUGUCAUGCUAUAGCUCCCCCUCUUGAAUCUUUUAACUGAGUGAGUGAGCCCCUUUGUUAUUCUAAGAUGUGGGUAGGAGAGAUGUUUAUUACAGAAGGGUAGCUUGUCAUUGUUCUUUAUGCCUCUGUCCUUUUACAGGCAGGAACUGUUUCGCCCUUUGGGAUGCUAGGAAUGGUAAGCCCUGCUGUUCUUCUCCCCACACAAGCGUAGUUCUCUGAAUCUUUUCCUCUGAGUAACAUUCCAGAUUUCUUCUGUGCAGAGUGUAAUCUCGAAAUCAUGAAAGUAAUGAUACUUGUAAAUUCCUCGACAGAAAGGGAGAAUGUGGAGGCUUACUCUGUUCUGAUAGGAGAAUUAUAAAGGCCAUGAUAAAGGGGGGAAGGAAUCCCCUUCUGCCUUUCAAGAGAAAAAUAAAAAAGAAGUCAGAAGGGGAGAAAAUUUUGAAUAAUAGAUUAGAGUUUUGCAGAAUGGCUGUACCUGUAUGUCACUGUAAGCCAUAGGUAAAGUUUACUGUGGUUUAAAGGCUUUUUCUGCAUGCUGGUGCAUUAGAAGAAAAUAGAAUAAUAUAGAAUCGGAGUCUUGUGGAUCAUCUAGUCCAACCCUCUGCAAUGCAGGAAUAUCCAGCUGUCUCUUACGGGGAUCAAACCCGCAACCUUUCUGUUGUCAACACCACGCUCUAACCAACUGAACCAUGCAAUAGCAGCAUAAGUAAUGCAAAGAGGAAACUUUUGUGAUGGUUUUUUUCCUCCCCCACUCCUGCUGCUGUUGCACUGCCAGGAGCUAUGGUUUGGUUUUGCUUAGUAUUAUGUCCGAACCCAGGCUUGUGGUUUGCGUCCCCCAAACAAACCAUGAGAGAAUGGUAAGUCAGUAACAAUCCUUGGUUACAGGUCAUAGUUUAUUUGGAGAGAGACAAACCAGGGCCCUGGGUUUGGACAUCACGAAACCAUGGCUUCGCUCCCUGUAGUGCAGCAGGAUUCUGAGCAGGGAGAGGAAUGAAGGGGUUGUGAUUUGCUCCCUGUUCACCGUUACAUUGCACGUUCACUUUUAAACCAUAACUUAGCUAUAGUUUAAAGUGAUGUGUGAUUGUGAAUUUGGCUGUCUCGGGAGAUUUUUCAGUCAAGAUCAUGGGAGUGGUGGGAAAAAUGGACUGCUUAUUUGGAUAAUGAGGGCACUCAGGGAGGUUAGCUGGUAAGUGGGGAGAAUCAACUUGCACAUUGUGUGAGCACAAACCAUUUCCAAAUGGCAUUUGAAUUUGACAAAACCAAAUUGGACAUUGGGCCAUAGCCAUGAGGCCAAAGAGAUAUCCAGGAGUCCACACAUUUUUGGCUUGGAAACUAAGUUCCUGGAUAUAUUGUUUUUUACCUUGAAUAACUUGGUGCUGGCUGCUUAGUUUCAGAGUAAUUGAUAGUGUGCAGAUCUUGUUGUGCUGACUGAUAUUCCAAAGAAUAUUUAGCCUAAAUGUGAAUAUGUCCAAAAUUGAGAUGAAAUCCGACGCACUAAGAACAUGUACUGAUGUAGAUUUAAUUUAAAUUUCCUACUCUAAAAAUUGUGGCUUUCCCGAUUCCUUCCUUUGUAUGCUUUUGUGUGUACGAAGUAACAACUUGUAACUUUAGCACUGUAAAUAUAGAACGGGGGUGUGUGGCAAUGUUGUGUAUUGAUCAGAGUUUGGACUAGGUAGCCCUAGAUUCAAAUCAGUGUUCAGACAUGAGGCUCACUGGGUGACCCUAAGCCACUCAGUCUCUGUCCUAAUUUAGUAAAUCUUUGUCUUAAAUUAGACUGCACGAACAGGAGGGAUUGUGAGGACAAAAAGAGUACAGUGCCUUCAGUUUUACGGAGAAAAGACAAGCUAGUAGUUGCUCUUGAGUGUAAUCCAGAGUAUGUCCCUUGGGUUUCGGGCAGAGGCGGGGAGCUGGAUCACUCCGGGGGGGCAGAUCCUUUUAUCGACACACCCCUUUGCACAGUAGGCAGCAUUCCAGCAAUGCAAAAGUCAGAGGUUUCUACAUGCAUGCCCGUCCACAAUCACACUCCAUCCAGGAAAGCAAAAGGCAUUGGCAUAGUUCAAAGGCAGAAGUGCUCCGUGAGGGUGCAGACCAGGCCUGUGAGUCCUGUAGCCCAAAGAGAGAAGUUUCCCAUUGUUGAUUUGGGGCAUAGUCACCCUUGAAACGGUACUGUGCACUCAUGAGGGUCUGGCAACAGUCUAGACUUAGUCAGCAGUGGCAAUCCUUGAUAUUUGCAGGUGUUCAUGUAAACAAUAAUUAAAAAAGGAGUAGAAACUCUGUUCAUUCUAUCUGAGCAUUAUUUGUGCCUUCAUUGACUGAUCACUCUCCCCAAACCUCAGCUCUUUUCCUAUACUCUUUCCUUCAGGCAGGUGGUUUUAUGGACAUGUUCGGAAUGAUGAAUGAUAUGAUUGGGAACAUGGUAAGACCCCCUGUGUGCAUUCCUGUUGCAUGGUAUGAACCCUGUGUUUGCAUCUUUCCGUUCAGUUGCACCACGGUCAUCCCCGACAACUGAUCCCAUGACAGAAGUGACACAGCUGAUUUUGUGAUGCGCUGCUGCAUGACACCCGCUGCACGGCUUGGGUGACUUGUAGACGUGGCUGUGACUUUGCUGCCCCGGAAGACAGAUUCUUGCUUAUGCCCAGGGCUCUGUGUACGUGGCAAUUCUAAUGUAGAGUGCUGUGCGCACACAUACCCCUGCGAAAAAUGCAAAUCAGAGCGUAAUAUUGGGAACAGAAUUCUUGAGGAUCUUGGUUAUCACUGUGAGAAGAUAUGCUUGAAAUCAAUACCUGCUGGAAUCUCAGCCGAACUAGUAGUUGAAUAAAAUUUCCAGCUGCUGGAUUCCAGUGCCCUGCCUAGAUCAUUAUCCCGCCUUCCCUGACCCACAAACUCAGAGUAGAUUUUGCAAAGUGGCAACAGCUGCAGAGUAAGACUCAUUAAAAAAAUUCAAUAAAUUUCUGGCCUAGUUUAUACAAGUUACAGAACUCUGAUUGCUUGUAAGCAGAAUUUUAUUUGUUUAAAUUUUUAUUCCCCGAUGUAGGGUGCACACAGCCCUCUUGAGGCCUUUGGGGGUGAAGUGGUGGCAAAUCAGCUUUUAAGCAUGUGCAGAGUUAGUUAAUAUUUUCUCCUAGUUCCAAACAAGUUGUGCCCCAUUCUUGCUCCUUGAAAAGUGUAGGAGGGGAGAUACCCCCUUUCAAUACAUUUUUCAAAAUGUCAAGAAAAACCCAGAAAGUCGGAGGAGGGGAGACUUGUUUGCAGAAAUGGUGGUUUUCAUUCUGUAGUCGCAAGAGUUCUGUGGAUGGCUCCAGUAAGGCUGCUCACCUUCUUUGAUCUUUUGCGUGUCCAGGAGCACAUGACUAGUGGUUCCAACUGCCAGACGUUUACCUCUUCAACUGUCAUAUCCUACUCGAAUCUGGGGGAGGGCCCCAAAGUCUAUCAGGAGACCUCAGAGACACGCUCUGCACCUGGUGGGGUAAGAAAGAGACUGUUUUCUUCUACUAGAAUUUUCAACAAGUCCAUGGAUUGCUGGUCCCACCGGGUGUAUAGGCAUUCUUAUAAGAAAAAAACUGCUCCUUCUCCCUUAUGGAGUACUGAAGAGCCCGUAUAGAGUCCUUAUGUAGGUUCUCUAUCAGUAGGAGAAACUAACAGAGGCCAACCAGAGAAUAUUGAGAAGCAAAGCAGCUAGUAAGCCUGAUCUUUAUUAAACUGUUGCAACAGGGUCCUCACUCACCACACGCAGGAGGGAAGAGGAACCCAGCUCAAUGGUGCACAAGCCCAUAUAUACUUUUGAAAUUGCCUAAUACAUCAUACGUACAUCACUGGAGGGGCGGUCUACAGCAGAAUCUUGUCUGGCAGGAAACCUGUUGAUGGGUUUACCUGGAGAGCCUUGCCAUUCUUUUGUGAUGAUAUAUACUUAAUUCCUGAGUCCAGGUCACAGGCCCUAUUAAUACCCAAAUGUGCCCUUAAGGCAGGGUUUGUGAGCACAGAGACAAUGGGGAGGCUUUUCCCAUUUCCGUCCAAACUGCAGAGGAAUAUCUGAGGUCACUGAAAGAGUCAAAAUGGCUUUAGGACUGUUUUUCUGUACUGUUUCAGACAUAUGGUUUAUAUAUUUCUGUAUGUGUUUGCAUGGUACAUUUAUGAACAUUUAUUUUAUAUCUUAGACCUUAUAAUUCUCAUAACAGCAUCAAUGCAGACUGGGUGUGCUGAGGGUCAACAUACAAGAUUCAGAAUCUCUGGUGGGUUUAUGUUUUCCGGUGCAGGAUGAAUUCUUAUGUAGGGAAAACAGAUUUGAUGACUAAAAUUACCUGCUGUGAACUUUGAGGCAAACCACUUGGCUUCCGUUUGAGAAGAUACAGGGAGUUAAAAGGCUAUCAAAAUAGUUCCGCAACCCCAAAUUACGACUUUGUUCUCUUGUCCUUAGAUCCGGGAGACGAGGCGGACGGUGCGAGACUCUGACAGCGGUCUGGAGCAGAUGUCUAUUGGACACCACAUCCGGGAACGCGCGCACAUCAUGCAGCGCUCACGCAAUCACCGCACGGGUGACCAAGAGGAGAGGCAAGACUACAUCAACCUGGAUGAGAGUGAGUGUUUCCCUCUGGCUCCUCCCCUUCCUCGAGACGGUCUGCUCAGCCUCACCCUCCCACUCAGUGGCCUCCUCUCCCCCGUUCCCAUUUUCAGUACGUUUUGAAUUGUGCUCCCAGUACGUUUCCGAGCACAAUUCAAAGUGUUGGUGCUGACCUUUAAAGCCCUAAACGGCCUCGGCCCAGUAUACCUGAAGGAGCGUCUCCACCCCCAUCGUUCUGCCCGGACACUGAGGUCCAGCGCCGAGGGCCUUCUGGCGGUUCCCUCAUUGCGAGAAGCCAAGUUACAGGGAACCAGGCAGAGGGCCUUCUCGGUAGUGGCGCCCGCCCUGUGGAACGCCCUCCCACCAGAUGUCAAAGAGAACAACUACCAGACUCUUAGAAGACAUCUGAAGGCAGCCCUGUUUAGGGAAGCUUUUAAUGUUUGAUGUAUUACAGUGUUUUAAUAUUUUCUUGGAAGCUGCCCAGAGUGGUUGGGGAAGCCCAGCCAGAUGGGCGGGGUAUAAAUAAUAAAUUAUUAUUAUUAUUUCAGGUGAUGCCGCUGCGUUUGACGACGAAUGGAGGCGCGAAACAUCCCGCUUCCGGACGCAAAGAGGGCUGGAAUACCGGCGCCACGAGGGAAGCAAUGGCCGCCGGGCCGAAGGGGCCCGCCUUGCUAUUCAGGGACCUGAAGAUUCUCCAACCAGACAGUCGCGCCGGUACGACUGGUGAACCCAGAGCAGACUUAAGGGGGGUGUGAUGCGGUCACCCCCAAAUCUACCUUCAUGCUCUUGUAAGUCUUAACUGUUGCCCUUUGCAUGCAUGCUGUGCCCCAGGGUAUGCCUGCCCAGCUUCUCAGUUGGGGUACAACCUGGCGAACCGGACUACUUUUUCAGUGCAGCUUUGGGCCUGUGACUUACCUCUGUGCCCAGCAGUGGUCACCUUCAUUUUUUUUAGUAUUUUUUAAAACACUCACACACAAAAAUACUGGCAUAUACAGGAAAACAGCAUGCACAUGUGCCUGGCUAGGCCUUAAAGUUGGUGAUAUUUACAGAGCAUGUUAAGGUGCAGCAGGCUGCCACAAGUAGGGCGUAGGAGGGAGUCAUGGAUAAGAAGAAACCUGAGCUUUCUGGAAGGAGGGUUGUUGCUCUCCGUGUGUCAGAAGCAGAGGCUUCUGGGAAUUACAGAGAAUGAGGAGUGGUUGACGAGAGAUUAUUUUGAUAAAAUCUAAUAAAACGCUUCGAAACAUAGUAGGGUAUAUGAUUCAUCUGGUGGCUCCUGGUGCAAUUCUGUUUCUGAAAAGAAGCCUGAUAGAGCUUUGUCGUUACUUUUAUGGGAGGCCAUCAGGAAGCGCCAAGCAUGCUACCCUGAGUCUUGAGCAAAGGCAGUUUGCAGGGCGGAAAGUUAGUCCAAGGCCCUUUGCAGCCCUGGAAGUGGGUCCCAGAGGUUCCAUGCUUUUUCCAGUCAGGAUCUCAUUGUGGAGAGAAUCAACAGCUAAUGCUUGUGCUUCCACUGAGCACCCACAAGAAUAGAGUAUUGCACCAUCUUUUCAAAAGUAAUCUCUUAUUCUGCUGGGCUGUUCAUCUUCCCAAAGGCACACCUGGCUGCAGCCACGAUUGUUGAUAACAUAAGGAAGGGAGGAAUCUAAGGGCACCAUCACAUCAUCAGAUUGCAGCCACACUUAGAAAUAAAUCCAAACCUGUUUCAAUGAGGUUUAUUUCAAAGUGAAUAAAUUUGUUGCCUUGGUUUGAAAUGGGGCAACUGUCCUCACUUGUCUUCAGGAAGUUUUGGAAUGAUUGCUUUUAGAGGCUUUUUGGCUUGUCUUGCAAAGAGAAUUCCCUUCUCACACAACCACAGUUGAGAGCAAGGGAGGCUGUAGUAUGGAAAUGUUGUAAGUUAGAGUUGGGGAAUAGCAGAUGUUGUUAAAGACUCCAGCUCCCAUUUUCCCUGGUCACUGGCCAUGCUGGCUGGGGAUGAUGGGAAUUGGGGGGUCCAGAAAAAUCUGGAGGACCACAAAAUAGUCCUCUCUGGCCUGAGCCAUGAGCAAGGUACACAUACCAUGCCAGGAACUAGGCACCUGAGCUGCUUUAAAAAAAGAAAGAAAGAAAACUUGGAUUUAGUUUCUGCUGAUAGGUUUGAUUGAAUGAAAGCAAAUUCUCAUUUGGCUCAAGUGGCUAAAGAUGCUUUAACAGUGUUCAAAGCUAGAGGUUGACUUACUGAGGUGGUACAUUUCAGAUUAGCAGCUGGGAAAUUCCAUGGCUCCAUUCAAAAAGAAGAAAAGAGUCUUCCAUAGAGAAGAUAGAUGAGAAGGGGAGGGGGGAGUUCUAGCCUACAGUCUCUCUGAGAGGCCAGGUUUUUGUGUGUGCAGGAGCUUUCCUAUAGAGAGGGAAAUUCCACUGUGAGCCCCAAGCUGCAAUCUGAAAUUGUACAGCCCUGAAACAAAUUGAUCAUCCCCGUGAGAUCUCAGCCAUGGGGGUUUUGCACUGAGUUUCCUGUUUUUCUCGCUCGCUGUUCCUUCUGCAUUUCCCUUCUGUUCCCUUUCUGAUUUCUAUUGUUUCUCUUCUUCUCCUCCUCCUCUUGCUCAGGUACAGACAGUGAAACUCUGAUGGCGAAGCCCCUGCGAAACAUCACUUGGACCUUCCUCAAGUUGAAUACUAGCCUCCUGCCCCUCUUUUAAGAUAUAAAUUAAGUGACUAACUCUCUCUCCACAGUUGUACUCCUUGCAUAGAGCAGGUGGCCGAGGGGAAUGGGAGGGACCUUGUCCAUGAAUGAGUGACACAUCAAUUUUACUUCGUUCUUUUUCCUCUUAACUCCUCCCUGCCCUUCACUGAGCUACCCAAUCCCUCCCCUUCGUGUUUUUUGGAGGGGUGCAGGAGUGGUCUCCCUCAGUUUUUGCCACCCCCUCUAUUUCCUGCUCCAAGUUUGGCUGGUUCCGAAGUUUGUAUUUAAUCUACCCACCCACCUCAAGUGGCAACCAAGUAAGGAAACCUGUUGACCUGCUAUUAGUUUCAAGCACUUGGAAAAAUAACCUUUAGUCGCCUUUGCUCUCGGCCUGCCUGCCUGCCUGCCUGCCUGCCUGCCCUGGAAAUGGGGUAUGUAUGAAAGGGUGGAAGGGAUCAGGUGAGGUGUGGACAAACAAAACAGGCCCUACCUCUCUGCCCCAAUCCAGUCAGCUCCCCAUCUUAUAAAAUUUGAUUUCGUGAAACUUGUAACUAGAUGUUUACUGAGUUGAAUAAAGAAAUGGAACCUGUAAAGCAAGUGGAGUCGGCCUCUAUCUCCCAUCUUUGCGUCUCUUGAGUUCUCAAGGGAUACAGGGCCUAUUCUUUGAACACCUGGCCUCAAAAGUCCGCAUUUCCUCUUAUGAAUCAGUCAGUUUGACAAGCUGUGCGUAUGGCAAGUUUUAUUAAAAACCUUUACCCUUUC